AAAAGGGGGGUCUGGCAGUGCCGGCGCAGAGUGGUGCAGGCGAGCGGGGUCGUGGCUCCUGCGCCUUGGGUUCCCAGCCAAGAUGCCGCGCUUCGCCUUGACCAUCAUCCGCCAUGGCGAAACAAGAUUUAAUAAGGAGAAAAUCAUUCAAGGCCAAGGAGUAGAUGAGCCCCUUUCCGAGACUGGGUUUAGGCAAGCAGCCACCACUGGUCGGUUUCUGAACAACGUGCAGUUUACGCACGCUUUCUCCAGUGAUCUCACGAGGACUAAGCAGACCAUACAUGGCAUUUUGGAGCAAAGCAGAUUUUGCAAGGACAUGACUGUGAAGUAUGACUCCAGACUCCGAGAAAGGAAGUAUGGGGUCGUGGAGGGCAAGCCUCUAAGCGAGAUGCGGGCCAUGGCCAAAGCCGCUGGCGAAGAGUGUCCCAUGUUUACUCCACCCGGAGGAGAGACAUUAGAGCAGGUGAAAAUGCGUGCAAAGGAUUUCUUUGAUUUUAUUUGUCAGCUAAUCCUGGGCGAGACAGGCCCGAGAGAAGGCUGCUUCCCCGGAGCUCCAGGCAGCCGUCUGGAGAGCUGUUUGGUGGAGGCCUUCCCCGUAGGAAAACGUGGCAGUUUGGAGUUGUGUCCUGAUGGUGGCACCCCUGGCCUAGUAGCCAGCAUCUUAGUUGUGAGCCACGGAGCUUACAUGAGAAGCCUCUUUGGAUACCUUCUGAGUGACCUCAAAUGCUCAUUGCCAGCAACACUCGGCAAAUUGGAACUCUCGUCAGUCACUCCCAAUACUGGGAUUAGUGUCUUUUUCAUAGACUGUGAGGAAGGAUGUGAACCAGCAAUUCAGUGUAUUUGCAUGAACUUCCAUGAGCAUCUAAACGGAGUGACCGAAAAGCGUUAACCUACACUCUGAAGCCUCUGCAGGGAGUGCCUUGGACUGUUGCAAUGUGUCCUCUGCUCCUGCUGUUUUAGAAGCAGUUAAGAAUCCUCGUGAUAAAGACCCACUGGGGCCCUGGCUGUAUCAGAUGGUACCACUACCCAAACCCACCCAAAAUCAACCUGGUUUUUUCUGAGUGCACUCGCCAUUUUCUACAGUAAUUUCGCCACUCUGUUCCAUUAUGUUUCUUAAUUAUUAACGUAUGGGGACAUCCAGCACUGCACAUUGGGGGAUUAGUGGCCUUCUUCCCACAGUCCGUAGUUCAUCGAUCUUUUUGAUGUCUAGAUGACGGCGUUGGCUUUGGAAGAUAACUGUGUGCUUUUUCAGUAGCGUAUCAAGUGCUGGCAGGAAAGAAUGGUUUGUAUAAUUCACUGUAUUUGCAGUGACUUUGUUGGAGUCCAGAGGCCUUUAAACUGAAACUUAUGUCUUCAGUGUGUGUAACAUGACAUGACAAAACACUAAAGCAUCUUUCAUAGAAA